AUUAAUCCAAUUUCAAAUUAGUACAAAACCAUAAUCAUAAUCACGCGUAUAUAUAGCAGUAUCCCCUACCAUUUCUCAAUUGCAAAAUUCGAAUCACAGAGAAAAAGAGAAAGAAAGAGACUUUUGAAGAAUUCAUCAAUGGCAGUCAAACUUUACAUCGUGUACUACUCCAUGUAUGGACAUGUGGAGAAACUAGCAGAAGAGAUAAAGAAAGGAGCUGCUUCUGUGGAAGGUGUUGAGCCCAAACUGUGGCAGGUACCUGAGAUACUGCCAGAGGAUGUGCUUGGUAAGAUGAGUGCACCACCCAAGAGCGAUGUACCAAUCAUCACCCCAAACGAACUCGCUGAGGCUGAUGGGUUUGUGUUUGGCUUCCCAACAAGAUUUGGAAUGAUGGCUGCUCAAUUCAAAGCUUUUCUAGACGCUACUGGUGGUUUAUGGAGAACACAACAGCUCGCAGGCAAGCCUGCCGGACUCUUCUACAGCACCGGUUCUCAAGGUGGAGGCCAAGAAACAACAGCGCUUACUGCUAUUACUCAGCUGGUUCAUCAUGGAAUGAUAUUUGUUCCAAUUGGUUAUACGUUUGGAGCCGGCAUGUUCGAGAUGGAGAAAGUGAAAGGUGGAAGUCCAUAUGGUGCAGGAACAUAUGCCGGCGACGGCUCAAGGCAGCCGAGUGAACUUGAAUUGGAGCAAGCAUUCCAUCAAGGGAAAUACCUUGCCACCAUCACAAAGAAACUCAAGGAAGCUGCAUAAUGUUGAUUUCAUAUAUAGAUAAUAUACUACAUAUUAAACUACAUCAAAAUAUUUGCUUGAAAACCGUUACCUUUUACCAUUUUUUAGACAUGGAAUAUUUUUUUCUUCUCCCAUUUUUCAGAAAGUAUUUGUAUGUGUGUUACAGGAUGUUUCAAUUUGUUGAAUGGUAAAAGUUUGUUUGUCUUGUUUGUUCUUGUUAGGCUGGGAAAAUACUUGCUCCCUUCUUCUGUAUUCCAUCUAUAAAACGUUAAUUUCAAUAUUAAUAAUAAUUGUUUUUA